AUGACACAUUCUGCAUCAUCACCACCAUCAUCACCUUCACUCAUACCCAACUACUCCGUAAAAUACUCACUCUACGGUGUAAGUAUAUCCCUUCCAAAUCAACCCAACCCAACCCAACCCCUUACAGGCUCCGCCUCCGGCAGCGGCGACGGCGACGGCGCCGCCAUUCCAAACCAGCCCAGCCAGCCAUCCCAGUCCCAGUCCAAUCCAUCCCCGCAGAUAGUACCCAUUUGCUUAUGUAUAAUGACUACCUGUUCUACCUGUACAUGGUACAUGGUACAUGGUACUUGGGACACGGACCUACCCUACCCUGUAGGCUGUACGAAUGAUAAAUCUGCCCGCGUAAAUAACCCCUACCAUACCCCAAUUCCAACCCAACCCAACCCAAUCAUCACAAACAACUAA